CACAACCUGGGUCAUAGCCUGUUUUAUCACCAUUGUUUGUUUUACUCAUCCCUCCCACUCUUUUGAAUAGUAUUGAACUGGUCUAUUACUGGCUCAUUCCUCGCUGUUCAAUUAUUUAUCCUUGAGAAAGUUACAUCAUGGAUUCAAUCGACCUCAACUCAGAAAAUGACAUUGCGGGCAGAAUGGAAGCUGCUUCAUUAGCAGAUACUCCUAGACCAGUACCAGAGACAGUCGCAACUCCUCGAUAUGUCCCAUUUGAGCCUAUCCGGCAGAUCGCAAAGGUCAAGGAUGAGACCGCUGAGAAGAUCCGAAUGGAUUUUGAGGAUUUUAUUGAAAGAUUUGACCCGAGUAUAUUGCAGGAUCAGGAUCCGACGAGAUCUUCACAAGUCAGCAAUACUCCAUAUUUAGCCCAGCUCAAAAUGCUGAGUAACUAUGAAGGUCAUACGCUCUUUGUUGACUAUCAAGAUCUUUUAAGUUAUAACCCUGUCUUAGCUGGAGCAAUUGAGGAUCAAUAUUAUCGUUUCCAAUCCUACCUCAGGCGAGCAAUCCAAAACUUGAUCUGGAAAUAUAACCCUGCAUAUGCGUAUAUGAACACCACUCAAGGAGAAAACGCCACUGCUCGUCCCUCAGGAUCGAUGUCUCGAGAGUUCAAUGUAGCCUUUCACAACGUACCUGCGCAGGAAGGCAUUCGUGAUCUUAGGAUGAAUCGGCUCGGGAAGUUAAUGAGUAUCUCUGGAACUGUGACGCGGACUAGUGAAGUCAGGCCUGAAUUAGUUUAUGGUACAUUUACGUGUAAAGAUUGCGGCAAUGUGAUGCAUAACAUUGAACAGCAAUUCAAAUAUACCGAGCCAUUGAUGUGCCAGAGUCCAACUUGCGGAAACCGUACCAACUGGGAACUGAACAUUGAGCAGUCCAAAUUUAUUGAUUGGCAGCGCGUUCGUAUACAGGAAAAUCCAAACGAAAUUCCUACCGGCAGUAUGCCAAGAACCAUGGAUGUUAUUCUACGGGGUGAAGUCGUUGAGAAGGCCAAGGCUGGAGACAAAGCACGUUUCACCGGAAUGCUGAUUGUUGUACCUGAUGUGGGCCAGCUGCGCGGUGCUGGUACAAGUACUCAGACUGAGCGUGAAACACAUGAUCGCAAUCGCGGAAAGGAUGGCUUUUCAAACCAAGGAAUCACAGGGUUGAAAGCUUUGGGCGUCGGAGAUCUGACCUACAAACUGGCCUUUCUUGGAGGAAUGGUUCAAGCCAGUGACUCAAAGGGUGAUAUUUCGGAUCGAGAACCUCAAGAUCAUGACGAAGAACGUCAAAAGUUCUUGGACUCGCUGAGACAGGAAGAGAUUGAUGAGUUGAGGGAUAUGGUUAAUAUGGAAGGUCAGAUUUACAACAAGCUAGCACUCAGCAUCGCACCCGCUGUUUUUGGUCACCACACUGUCAAACAAGGAUUGCUGCUACAAAUGAUGGGAGGUGUUCACAAGGUUACACCCGAAGGGAUCAACCUUCGUGGAGAUAUCAAUGUUUGCAUUGUUGGUGAUCCUUCCACUAGCAAGAGUCAGUUCCUCAAGUAUGUCUGUGGAUUCUUGCCAAGGACAGUCUAUACAUCUGGAAAGGCAUCAUCCGCUGCAGGUCUUACAGCAACGGUUGUCAAGGAUGAAGAAACUGGAGAAUUCACUAUCGAAGCUGGCGCACUUAUGUUGGCCGAUAACGGCAUUUGUGCUAUCGAUGAGUUUGACAAGAUGGAUUUGAAGGAUCAGGUUGCAAUUCAUGAAGCCAUGGAACAGCAGACCAUCUCCAUUGCUAAAGCUGGUAUCCAGGCCACUUUGAAUGCCAGGACAUCCAUCCUUGCUGCAGCAAACCCUGUCAACGGUAGAUACAAUAAGAAGCUCACAUUACGGCAAAAUGUUGCCAUGUCGCCCCCUAUCAUGUCACGCUUUGACUUGUUCUUUGUUGUCUUGGAUGAGUGCGAUGAGACUACAGAUUACCAAAUUGCUCGCCACAUUGUUAAUGUCCACAGGUAUCGCGAUGAGGCCCUCCAACCCCAAUAUAGCACAGAGCAAGUACAGCGUUACAUUCAGUAUGCCAGAACGUUUAAACCCAAGCUAUCACCAGAGGCAAUGCGAUUGUUAUCGGAAAAAUAUCGCGACUUACGCCAAAUGGACUCUCAAGGUAGUGGCAAGAACUCUUACAGGAUCACUGUCCGUCAGCUUGAGAGCAUGAUUCGUCUCUCAGAGGCCUUGGCCCGUGUUCAUUGUACAGAUAUCAUUACAGAGGACUUUGUAAAAGAGGCCAGCCGUCUUUUGCACUCGUCUAUCCUGACCGUUGAGAAGGACAGAAUUGAUUUAGAGGAAGAAGAAGGUUUUGGAGAUGACAUAGAAACUAACGAAAAGGAAUUUGAAGAGAUGGUGCAGAACAUGGAAGUUGAGCAACCAGCUCAGCAGGAUCGCCUCCGUCGCAUGGAUUAUGAUGAAUUUGAACGGGCAAAGGAGUUCUUGGUCAGCGAAGUACGCCGUCAACAAGAAGGUGGCAUCCGUCGUGACGACCUCGUAACGUGGUACCUGACUCAGCGAGAACAGGAGAUUAUCGAGAACCAGCAGGAUAUAGCUGUAGAGGAGCAGAUUGUCCGUAAGGUUAUUCGCCGACUCAUGAAGAAGGACCAGGUCUUUUUGGCUAUCGAUGAUGGAUCCUCAACUGAGCCUGGUAUUUCAGCAGCUGAUAGUGAUAACCCUUUAUUAGUCAUUCACCCAAGCUACAUCUCUCCUGAAGAAUUGUAAAAAGAGAAAAAGAAAAAUAUACAAAAAAAGGAAAAUAUACAAAAAAGAAAUACAUUAUUGUGUUUACAUGCUUUGACGAAAUCUAACGAAUCUAUAAUAAAAUACAGUU